AUGACCCCAAGCAGGAGGAGGCAGCUCUCCGAGGCUGAAAUACAGGCGCCCAGAGCGCUGUCGGUGUUCGUGAGCGCCUACACGCUGGUGGCCAUCAGCGUGGACCGCUACAUGGCCAUCAUGUGGCCGCUGCGGCCGCGCGUCAGCAAGCGCCAGGCCAAGGCGGUGAUCGGCGCCGUGUGGCUGGUGGCCGUGCUCACGGUGCUGCCCACGGCGCUGGUGUCGCGCCUGGUGCAGCCCACCGAGUGGCACGCGCGCUGCGGCAAGUACCUGUGCCUGGAGGACUGGCAGGACGCCGACAUGCGCAACACCUACAGCCUGAUCCUGAUGGUCCUGCAGUACAUCGUGCCCCUCGUCGUGCUCAUCUUCACGUACGCGCGGAUAGCCAUCGUCGUGUGGGGCAAGCAGAUACCGGGAGAGGCCGAGAACUCCAGGGACCAGAGGAUGGCCCGCUCCAAGCGGAAGUGGUGGGAGGGCAGUCUGUCGGUGAUCUCCUCGGAGGAAGGAUUCAUCACUUUUUUUGCCCUCACCGGGAUCAAACCAGUGACUCCAUGA